AUGAAUAGAAACAUUUACUUUUUCGUUUUAUUAUUAUCUGUAAAUAUUUUUACUACUACCAAAGCAGUAGAAAUCGAUUCCAACACAUUGGUUUGUGUUGUCAAUACAUCUCUUCAAUCAUGUCAAAGUAUUCAAUUACAAGUUGAAACAUGUCCAUCCACCGUCAGUUGUAUUUCCUAUUUACAACAAACUGUGCAAAAUAAUCCAUCAUAUACCACAACAGUUGUUGUUUUGGCUGAUGGAUUGAACUAUAAUGAUUGUCCGGGUACUAUAAUCGGUCUUCCAGAAUCUUAUAUUCAUGUUUUCGUCGGUGGUUCCAAUUCUGUUUACCAAUGCAAUGGUCCAUUUGCAAAUAUCAAUUUAUCCUAUAAAACUGAUAUUGUUUUCGAAGGAUUCACUUUGAUUGGUGGUGGAUACAGUGGUUCUUUCAAUGGAGGUCUUGUUUCUGUGACCUAUUCUGGUGUAAAUGGUUCACCAAAUCUUGAAUUUGUCAAUACUACUAUCUCUGAAGCCAGUGUAAAGAGUAAUGGUGGUUGCAUCUAUUCAGACGGUAUGGUUGUAUCUGUUAUCAACUCGACUAUUUUCAGCUGUAUUGCUCAAAAUAAUGGUGGUGCCAUUGCCACUGCCGAAGGUUCCGAUAUUGUAACUAUUACCAACUCUAACAUUUCGAUGAACACUGCCUAUAACUAUGCCGGUGCAAUCUAUGCUUCCAUUCUCAAUGUCAACAACUCAACAUUCUCUGAGAAUACUGGUGCUAUUAUUGCUGGUGCCCUCUACGUUUCCAACUUUUUGUCUAUCCAAAACAGUACUUUCUAUAAGAAUGUUGGAUCCAGCGUAGGUAACGCUUAUGGUGGUGCUAUCUACUUCAACGGACAAAUGUCUUCGAUUGUAGGAACCAAGUUUAUUCAAAACAUUGUUUUAGGUAUGGGUUCUGGUGGUUCCAUCUAUGCUAACUAUUUGACUUUGCAAAAUUGUGAGUUUUCCGAUGAUUCCGCAUACUAUGGUGGUUCUAUCUACUCAAUUUCAUCUUUGAAUAUGGAAAACUGCACGCUUGUUGGUUCUAGAGCCACUAUGUAUGGAGGAGCUAUUUUUGCAAAUGGUAAUGUCAACAUCAGAAACUCUUCCUUCACUGGCUCAACAGCCUACUCUGGUGGAGCUAUUUACACUUCAAACGCUGGAUAUUACAAUAUGAUAGAAGAUUCUCAAUUUUUCAAUAAUGUUGCUAAGACAGGUGGUGCAAUUUAUAGCAAACAAACAUCUUCUUACUAUUUUAGUGGAUCCUUGUUCAAUGCCAACUCUGCAACUAUUCAAGGUGGAGCUAUGUAUUUCGGAGGUGGUGGAUACCCAACAAUGCUCUAUGGUGGAAAAUUCAUUGGAAACACCAACAAAGUAAAUCAACUUUACGACACUUUCAAUAGUAACGUUUUUAGCAAUGUAAACACUGUCAAUGUUUCAACUGAUAUCAUUACAUCAAACACACUUUACAGCGUUCCUCUCGUUAUUGAUAAUUCUUUAGCUUAUCCAGUUGCAUAUGGUGUUCUCGGGGAAUGCUACAAUGGUAUCGCCACCAUUACCACAAGUGGACAAGUUACAUCAUGUCAAUGCUUCCCAAAUUACUCAGUCAUUUGA